GCGUCGCGUCGCGUCGCGGCGCUCACUGGGGGCCCGGCUUUCGCCCGCUGCUGCCGCCGCCGCCGCCGGCCGCGGCUGCUCUCCCAAGAUGGCGGCUCCUCCGGGCGAGUACUUCAGCGUCGGGAGCCAGGUGUCGUGCCGGACGUGCCAGGAGCAGCGGCUGCAGGGCGAGGUGGUCGCCUUCGACUACCAGUCCAAAAUGCUGGCUUUAAAAUGUCCCUCAUCCAGUGGAAAGCCCAACCACGCAGACAUCUUGCUCAUAAACUUACAGUAUGUUUCAGAAGUGGAAAUUAUUAAUGACCGAACAGAAACCCCUCCUCCCCUAGCUUCACUCAAUCUUAGUAAGCUUGCCAGCAAAGCACGAACAGAGAAGGAGGAGAAGCUGAGCCAGGCCUAUGCAAUCAGCGCUGGGGUCUCCCUAGAGGGCCAGCAGCUCUUCCAGACCAUUCACAAAACCAUUAAAGACUGUAAAUGGCAAGAAAAAAACAUCGUAGUCAUGGAAGAAGUUGUUAUUACACCCCCGUAUCAAGUGGAAAACUGUAAAGGCAAAGAGGGGAGUGCACUGAGCCAUGUACGGAAAAUAGUUGAAAAACAUUUUAGAGACGUGGAAAGCCAAAAGAUACUGCAGCGUUCACAAGCCCAGCAACCACAGAAGGAGGCUGCCCUGUCAUCCUGAGUCCACACACACGGACACUCUUCCAGCGUCCAGCCACGGAGGCGGCGGUGGUGGCUUCGGCGGAGGCAGGCCGGGGGAGGGAAGGGAUCCUAUAUUUCUUGUUGGCUCUUGUUAACAGAGGGCCAGCAUUUCCAAAUCUUAGACUUGAACAAACAAAACACCCAACAAAAAAGAACAAGAGAAUAAUUUAAAAGUUGAAUCAUUACUUGACUAACAGACUUCGGUCCACCAUGUCCUUUUCACAGUCCCCUCUUGGAACAGUCACCUUGUUAAUUUUAUUUUUUUGAAAACUUUUCUGCUCCACCCUUUCUCCUCUGACUUUCCUUUCCUAGUCUGUUUCCCUGGCAUUCUGUUUUUAUAUAAGUGGCUCUACUUGCCUUCUGAGUGAUUGAAAGACACUUUUACAUCUCUUCCAAAAUAAAAGUAACAAGCUGACUGUGACACUUAAACUGAGACUAGAGCAGCAGACAGAAGUCUCACUUGAAAGUUUUUGGAUUUUUUUUUCCUUUUUUUUUUCUUUCUUUUUCUUUUUCUUUUUGCACAGGGCAUGGCUUGAAUUAGUUUUAUUUUUCUUAACUUUAAAUAUAUAUAUGAAAAUAUAUAUUAAAAUGUUCUCUAAAUAUUUUCUGCUUCUUGCAGGUCUCUUUUUAACUAGAUCAUGGCCGUUCUUCCCAAUUCAUUCCUCUGAAAGUAAAAAAAGUUGCCCUCCCCAGCGCCCUUCGCCUGGCAGCUUAACUUGGUUCCCACCAAGAAUCUCCUGCAGCACUUUGUGUGUGCGAUGGGACUCGGCUGGGAGAGUUCCUGAUGGUGUUGGAAUCGGUGUGUACAAGCCUCACAUCAGCCAAAGCCUCAGGAUUCCCUUUUCUGCCUUUUGUCUUACUUGAUGGUACUAGAAGCCCCUCCUUGCCACUCCCUGUCUCCCAAGUUGGGAGUCCCGUUGCCCCCUGGUCCUCUGCCCUCUGCAGGGAGAGAUGUUUGGAGGGCACAUAUCACAUCCUCCAUGAGGGGUGAUUUUCUUUCUGAAGAAACUUGGACUACACGAACCCGAGCCUCAAAGUUGGUAUUCAGAGCUUCUGGCCCAGGAGAAAACUUGGGUGCCCUAUAAUUUCUCUUCUGCCAAACUCCUUUCAUGAUCCCCUCCCCCUUAAAUCUUACAAACUUAUGACAGUUUGUAUGUGCUCAGCUGAUGGACAGAACCUGGAAAGAUUUUUCUGGCUUUCAGCCUACUAGUCUGUCAGGUGUGAGUAACCCACCGAGAUUUGGCACCUGUUGUUCCUAUGCCUGCAGGGCAGUGCCAUGGGGCAGAGUGCCACUGUUUGUCUGGCACUGAGUGGGCUUUGGGGGAUGCUCACGGGAUCAGCUUGAGCUUGGGGGUAAAGUGGGGGUUAACUACACAUUUUUUUUUUUGGCCAUGAUCUCUUUCCCCUUCCUUUCUUUUUUUUAAUUAAAUAAAUGGAUCAAAAUUAAAUAAUUCAAGCCCUGCCUUCAAAUUGAAAUUUUUUUUUUUUUAGUAUUGUUUAGCAAAAACAAUAAAACCCAAAUUUUUUUAACCAUCA